UGACAAGUGAUCCAACAUGAGUCUUGAACCUCACUUACUUGUAUGAGACUUUGAUUGUGAUCACCACUACUCCUUUGACCCCUUUGAAGCCGUGAGAGUCUAACGCUUGACUUCCUCUGGACUGGACGCUUGAGCCCUAAUGAACUUCGUCUAGUUCUUUCUCGAUCUCAGUUGCUAUUCCUCAACAAAGGCCUCUAGCUCACCUAUAGGGCUUUCCGGACCGCUCAAAUAUCAUACGCAUCCUUAUAAGCCUUCUCAUAGCGCACUAAAUACCCAUCGCACACUCAUCUCCGCCCGGAAGAAUAUGGCAGUGACCUGCAACUCGUACUGGUGACUGGAUACGGCAGAGCUGACGGGUACUUUGUAUCUACAAUCUUGCAGCGCAACAUGGCAGAUGUAGUUCAAAAAUUGAAUAUACUCGAAUCCUUGCCUCGAAAUCUACAUCUCUUCUGCCCUAGAUCUGACGAGGGGGAAGAACAAUUCUUCUAUGAUGAGGAUCUCGGUGAUAAAGUGGACACGGAAACUGAAGAGGCGCGAAAUAAGAGAAAGAAAGCCAUCACUGCCGCAGAGGAGAGACGAGACAUUGCUCUAGGAUGCACUCUUAUCUGGGCAUAUGACGGGGAUGAUGCAGCUACGUACGGCCAAAAGCUAAAAGAUCGGCUGACCAAGCAGUUGAUGUCUUGUGAAGUUUGCAUUCGGGUGUAUCACCAGGGGCGGCAGACCUUGAAAUCUCAACUUGGGGCUGACUACGGUGAAGAUGAAGUGACACGCUUUCUAGAAGUAUUUGACGAUAUCAGUAUACACCGCAUCACAGAAGGUCUGGGGCUUGCUGCACGAGAAAUAAGCAACUUACCACCCGAGAAACAUCACAUCAAUUAUCUCAGCCAGCAAGCAUUAUUCUCAGUCUUUGAAGCCCUCAGUUCCCCUGAGUUUCUCACAGACGAGAAAGCCAUGUCUGAACACUUUGACGAUGUCUUCAAACAGGUACAGACAAAGAGACGUUUAAAGCUCAAUGUCUUUGUCCCAGCUAUGACAACUUUUUUGUUUAGUUCAAACGAUGCCCGGGCGGAAUGGGCGAUAUUCACCUGGACAAAAAUGAAGCGGUCACCCACUAAACUCGAAUUUGACUGGGCAAUCCGAACUCCACUGCACAAGGCUAUGUUGCACGUCCAAAUGUAUUGCCUUGAGGUUCCAUUCUUGCCUGCGUUCUGGCAGGGCGCUCGCCUCAUAAUAGAGCGCUUGAAAAAGGACCUCAUAACUCAUUCCUUGCGUGCACUUGAUAUCGACAUAUACAGACUUGCACUCGAGCAUCUCUCUGUCGAUUCAGAUUGUUUUCCUGAGCUGAUUGGAGCGAUCAAAGUCCUGCUUGUGAAGUCACCGAAGGACUUUUGGGAGGCUAUGGGAGCUGUGUCAACGAGCACGUUUGCAGAACAAAUCUUUAAGAAUAAAUACCUUAAUCGACAGCUCUUAGGGACUCUCGACUCGCGGAAGCUCGGGGAGUAUUUUGGAUGGGUUCAGCCCGUCAUAGAGUCGAUCAAACCUACAAACCUAGGACCUCUUUGCGACACACUGGCCUCGCAAUUCCUUGGACGCUUUCAGUCUGACGAAUUUGCGCACAGCUGCAGGUCUCAUUGCCAACUUGAAGGUAUGACCGUCCUCCUCUUGUGCUUGGAGGCUAUGAAUAAGACAUUCCCACCAAUUUCAAGCACACCCGGGGUUCUUGGAAACGCAAGUGUAGCACAUGCCCUCAGAAUCGUGGAUUCUCAUGCACAUGUCAUACUCGAGACUAUCAGCGGGAACAAUGUGCGAGGUGAUAUGCUGAGUUUUGGCCUAAAUGUCGUAGAAGAAGCUAUACGUUUGGACUGUUUAUCGUUGAAGGCAACAGGUCGGCAACUAGAACAAGGAAAGCCUACCGAUGCUGUAAUUGACAAGAAUGACACUCUUGUCUGGAAGCCAGUGGUAGCUGCCAUCAAGGAGCCUCAGAUUGGACUGCCGGGAAGAACUCUUCUCGGCUCAUCUAUCCUUGUCGGAUUGGAACCAUUCAAAAAGAAGAACCCGUCUGAAAUGACUAAAGAGAUGAGACAAUUUAACGAUAAGUUUGACACACUCUCUCAGCACAUCUGUGAUGUCUUAUACAAGCUCAGCGAGUUUUCGCCAUCUCAUCUUGAUCAUCUUUUCGAGGAUUCAGAGCUUGCAUCUGGCGUACUGUCUCAUCUCUUUUCUUCUGGUACAGAGCCUUACCAAGGAGUUGUAGAGUUGAUGAAAGUUGUUAGCGGUAAAGACACGCGCAGCGAAGCCUUGAAUCAUUUUCUCCAGGCCUUUUAUUCGAACACAGUCUCUUGUAUCUCGGGGAACUUGAAGCGCAUUAUUGACAGCCAGGUUUUCGCCCCAACUCCAACACUCCUUAAGAUAUGCGCCGAUAUGGUAGAAAACCUUUGCAACUCCCAAAAUGGUCUUCUCCGAUCACAGCCACUUUCUCGCGAGGAGGCUACUGCCACGGAAACGUUCUGGAGGUCACUCUGGAGUUCCUUGCUGAUGAUAUUUGAACGAACAGAGCAAUGGAGUCAGCUCGGUUAUGAUAAGAACAUGAUGAUCGAAUAUUGCCGCGAUACCAUGCAGCUGGCGGAGGACGUCUUUGACCAGUACAGCAUAUUUGUUUCUGCAAUUGCCGCUGCCACAAGCUCCGAGAAAAAGGAUGUCCACCGUCGCCUCAUAUUUGGGCCUACCAGAACGUACAAAGCCAUGGUGAAAUGGCUCCGUCUUCGCGAUGAGUUUCUCAUUACGAAGUCUGUCAGUUUGACCAGCAAAUUGCUCAGAAGAUUAAAGGGUGGCUCAGUCGAAGUUGACGAUCGCCCUCUCAUAUACGUCGGAGAAGUCAUCACUGGAGUUAUCAAGUCAAACCUAAGUGCCAUACAGAAAGUUGAGAUCCAAACAGCUCUAGAGGCCUACUAUGGGAAGCCGUUCCAAGCCCCCCAGGAUGAGAUAGCGAGGAAUCAUAAACAAAAAACCAUUGGCUCCUUCUUCAAGUCAGAGCCGAGAUUUAGUGAAAGCAGGGCUGCUUCUACAGUCUCAUCUGACAAUGAAGAUUUCAGUGGUAUUGCGGCCUACCGGGCGAAGGAGGCCCAGAGGAAGAAAAGUGCCGCGCUUCCGACUCGGCCUUCAAAAUUGAAAGAGACUACACAAUCAGAGUUCAUGAAAAAACGACAAGCUGAGAAACAGGCACAGGAGAGGCAGAGGGCUGCGGCCAUUGCAAAAGCUCGUCAGAGCAGCACAAAGUCGGUUGAAAAGGGUACUGGAAUAUAUGUUUCGUCUGAGAGCGAAGGAGAUGAUGAACUUGAUGCAGCACUUUUUGGUAUCUCGAAAAAGCCCAAGAAGGAGAGGAUCACACCUGACAACAAACUUCGGGAUACCAUGGCCGGGCUUCCGCAGGGGCCGAUUAAGGUGCAGAAACGUGUGCGCUCAGCGAAAGACAUGCGUGCACGGUUGGCACCCGAUUUGUCACCUCUACACAAAGAGAUCCUCGGCUGGGACUAUUUUCAUGACGGCGACUUUCCUCCCAAGUCCGAAUCCGACCUUUAUCAGCAAGUGUCUGAUUCCUUCGAUGAGCCAUCUGCUUAUACGAAUGCAUUCCGACCAUUACUCCUAUUAGAGGCCUGGCAAGGAUUUGUCAAAGCACGGGAAGAGGGAGGUUUCAAGGCGUAUGAGAUCAAGGUCGUCACUCGAUCUAGUGUAGACGCUUUCCAAGAGUUCAGUACGACCAUGAGUCAAAAUGUCCACAAGGAUGUUGGUCUGUCUGAAGGAGACGUUGUAUUGUGCUCGAAAGAUAGUAAUCCUUCUGAGGCGGCUCAUGCAGCACAUUGCCUUGCACGGGUGUAUCGAAUGAAGCGUCAAAAGGGUAUGUUGGAAGUGUCAUACAGGGUCUUACCUGGAAAUAAACUCCAGUCCAGCCUCAAUCCAGGGAGUCUUAUAUGGGCCGUCAAAGUCCAGUCGAUCACUCCACUUGAGCGUGAGUUCGGCGCUCUAUCGGGUCUACAGUUUUACGACCUAUGCGACGAGAUUAUCCAGGCGAAGCCUUCCCCGCUACUGUCUUAUAGUGACAAGAUUCUUCGGCCCAUUAUGAGCAACUAUACGGUAAACACAGCGCAAGCUAAAGCAGUACAAUCAGCGAUCGACAACGACGCUUUUACACUCAUACAAGGGCCUCCCGGAUCUGGGAAGACCAAAACAAUUGUAGCGAUUGUUGGUGCACUUCUUAGUGAGAACGGUUCCGCGCGACCAAAGACCAUUACAGCGUCGGCGACGAAUGGUAGUUUACCACAGCGAAGUCUCAACACGGUUGCGAAAAAGCUACUCGUCUGUGCACCCAGUAAUGCUGCAGUGGAUGAAUUAGUAAUCCGAUUUAAAGAUGGUAUCAGGAGCAUGUCGGGUCAGCAUCGUAAAGUGAAUGUUGUGCGAUUGGGUCGCUCCGACGCUAUAAACGCGAGCAUCAAGGAUGUGACUCUAGAUGAGCUUGUCAGCGCAAAACUUGGGGUCACAGCUAAUACUAAGGGUCGGGAAGACGGACAGAAAGUCUUCAAGGAACACUCGGAGAUCUCUGCGAAACUGCGUGAAGCACGUUUGGAUUUGGACAAGGUAGACACCGGAGAAAUCAAAGGAGAUGAGGCCAAGAAGGCCAAGGACAAUUUUGAUAAUCUGCGGCGCAGGAAAGCUCAGCUUUCAAAUCAGAUUGAGAGCUUCAAAGACGCUGAAAAAAAUCUUGGUCGCGAGGCUGAACUGAAUCGAAAACGUGCGCAACAGCAGGUACUAGACGAAGCACACAUAAUCUGCGCCACGCUUAGCGGAAGUGGACACGACAUGUUCCAGAGUCUCAGUAUUGAAUUUGAGACUGUCGUCGUGGACGAAGCCGCCCAAUGCGUAGAGAUGAGUGCCAUCAUUCCUCUCAAGUACGGGUGCUCUAAAUGUAUAUUGGUGGGCGAUCCCAAACAACUUCCUCCCACCGUGUUUUCGAAGCAAGCAUCACGUUUCCAGUACGAACGAAGUCUCUUUGUCAGAAUGCAGGGUAAUCACCCCGACGCCGUCCACCUUCUAGAUACUCAGUAUCGUAUGCAUCCGGAGAUCAGCGCAUUUCCUAGCGCUAGUUUCUAUGACGGGAGGCUUCUGGAUGGCGCAGAUAUGGCAUCUCUUCGUAAACGACCUUGGCAUGAUAACCCUAUCCUCGGUCCUUACAGAUUUUUCGACGUCAAAGGGCAGCACUCGGCAGCACCAAAAGGUCACUCGCUCAUCAACAUCGAGGAGAUUAAUUUUGCGCUUCAACUAUACGAUAUGCUCAACACCACCUACCGCGGAGGCUUUGAUAUCAGGGGAAAGGUCGGCAUUAUUACGCCUUACAAAAGCCAAUUGCGUGAGCUCAAGUCUCGAUUCUCCCGGCGCUAUGGGGAAGAGAUCUUGGAGAAUGUGGAGUUCAACACCACCGAUGCAUUCCAAGGUAGGGAGAGCGAGAUUAUUAUAUUCUCAUGUGUGCGAGCAUCUCCUUCUGGAGGUGUUGGUUUCUUGCAGGACAUCCGCCGCAUGAACGUUGGUUUAACACGUGCGAAAUCAUCUCUGUGGGUACUGGGAAAUUCACAGUCACUUUCACGAGGCGAGUACUGGAAUAAACUCCUGCAUGAUGCCAAAAAACGAGAUCGCUAUACGGACGGCAACCUGGCCCAGGCUAUCAAGUCAGCUGAGUCAAAGUCGGCAAAAGGAAAUCAUUCGCAAGAAACGCUCCCGAAUGCAUCAGGCGAUGGUCAGGCUAGAGCACUCUACAAGUCUACUCUACCAAAAAGUGAUAGUUUAUCUCAUCGUUCCAGUGAGACUAGUAUGCAGUCUGCCAAAAUCAAGAAGGAAAACAAGAAUGUCGAGAAAAGAGAGCCUUCCCUGGGCGACCAUGACAACAAGCCUGCAAGAAUCAAAACCGAGGCUAGAUCCGAAUCACCCAUGGAUAUCGACAUCUUGAGUGAUCUUAACUCGCAUCUCGCUGGAGGUGCUAGUGAAGCAGGAGUGAAGCAGGAUGUUCCCGAGCCGAAAAUCAAGACUGAGCAAAAUCAAAAUCAACUCACCCGACCACGGGUACUAAUUAAAAAGCGGAAGGACGUUGAUCCUUUCAUGCCGAAGCAAAACAAGAAGCCAAGGCCCACUUGAUAAUAGAUUUAUUGUGGUCAACAGUGACAUGUCAAAAGCAUUAGUGGAAUAACUUGGCAGCAUCUUGAGGCGUUCUGGACUUGAUAUUGGUGUCAUUAGGUCACGACUGCGUACAGUACUUACAGAUCGAGAUGUCAUUCAGGCUGCAUCGUAAAUUCCCAUUGGCCAUAAUAAGCUAGAAUUAGCUCAUUUAGGACUCUACCAUACCCCUUGCAACGAUAGUGUAGCUAGAGUCCAUAGUCAGAAGGGGCUUAUCACACGCCGGUAUAAUGCGUCACCGUUGUGUUGCUCUGUCGCGAGCAUCACUGCAAAAGCGCCAACCACUCAAGUUUCCCUGACAUAUAGAUACCUUCACCUUUCCGAGUGAAGUUUGUUCGUAUAGAGUACAUCUUGUCGGUCUAUAUACUCAAGUUGCCUCUUUCUCGAUGGUCAUUGACAGCCAAAACUGCUUUCCACUAGCCCCUGAAUCCGUAG